CGUCCUCGUCUUCCCCUGGUUCCUCCCCGUCUCGCCUCUGCCCUCGCCGAGGCGAACAGCCAAUCCGACCCCAAUCCCCAGCGCGGCGACGCCAGCCACCACCCCCCUGCCGCCACCGAUGGCCGCGCGGCGCGGGCCCCACGUCAUCAGCCUGCACGAUCCCAACCCGCCCCUCCUCGGCCGCGCGCCGGCCGCCGCCCCCGGGCCCGCGCCCGCGCCCGCGCCCGGCCCCGCCGCGCACCCCGCCUUCGCCGCGAUCGAGCAGCGCCUCGCCGACCGGGACCUGGACAUCCAGGAGCUGCUCGUCGACAACCAGCGGUUCGCCGCCACGCACGUCGCGCUCCAGAAGCAGCUCAUCGCGGCGCAGCACGAGCUGCGGGCGGUCUCCGUCGCCGCCACCAGGGCCCGCGCCGAGCGGGAGGGCGAGGUGCACGCCCUGGCGCAGCAGGCGGCGCACAUCGAGGCAGAGGCGAGGGCCGUCGCCGCGGUGCGCGCGGAGGUCGACCAGGUGCACGCCGACGUCCAGGUGCUCGCUGGGGCGCGCACCGAGCUCGUCAACCGGCUCCAUGGAUUGCGGGAGGAGCUCGCGCGCAAGCAGGCCGAGGCGAGUAAGACCGGUCCCGUCCGGGCGCAGAUUGAAACCAUGCGCCGGGAGAUCCAGAAGGGCAGAGCUGCGGUUGAUUUCGAAAAGAAGGCACAUUCUGAUAACCUUGAGCAAAGUAAAGCGAUGGAGAAAAACAUGAUUGCUGUGGCUAGUGAUAUUGAGAGGCUUCGAGGAGAACUUUUAAAUGCUGAAAAAGGGGCCACUGCUGUCAACCCAGCAGCAGCUGUUCCUAACUCUGGAUAUCCUGCAGCUUAUGGCAAUUCUGAGGCAACAUAUACUGCGAUGUAUGGCAAUCCUGAGGCAACAUAUGCUGCACAGUCUUAUCCCGAUGCUUAUAGCACUAAUCAGGCCCAUAUGCACACCCAAGGCAAUUCUCAUUACAUGGCUCAACCUGUUUCCUAUGGACAAUAUGAGAGCCAGCACACCAAUGUUCAAAGAUGACUGCCAACUCAAGAUAGCUUUGACUUGCCAGUGUAAAAGGAUAGCCGCAGAGUCAGCCAAAUUAUGUAUGUUAGAGAUGUUCAUGACAUGGAACUAUGGAAGUGUUUGAGGUCCUCUCUUGUUCAUUUUUUUCCUGGUUAAUUUGUUCCUGAAUUUAUGAGGCGAAUUUUGGAGCAAAAAACUUCCUUGCCUCUCGUUGUACUAGCCCUGAUUCAUCAGUUCUGCAAAUCGGUGGUGUUAUUCAUGGAUGCUGAAUUGCUGAUGACUCAAACUAGUAGUGGUGCAGACAUUUGUACAUAUGAAUGGAUACUGACUGCAAGUUGGAUGACA